AUGAACCAAGUAAUGAAAAUUUGCUCACGUGGUCCAACAUUAAUUAAUGGAUUGAAAAUUUGUUUGACUGAUCUGAGUUGCCCGUGUGGUCCGACUGUUGUGUCAUUGGAAGGAAGUAACAUGACGGGAACUGAUCUUACUCUGGGCAGUAGUUGGACUCUGCUUUACCAUGGCACCAGUGGACUCAGUGAUGACCCUGGCCGACAGAAAUGUGGUUCAUUACAGCAUUUCAACAAUACUAUAGCGUACACUAGUUAUCGCUUUCUAGUUUUAGCUAAAAAUGCUGGUGAAGUCCUUGUUGAGUACUCUGAAGUACAAUUGUACAGCUUCUGA